UGCAGGGAGUAAAGACGUGCCGCUGAGCUGUGCUUGGGAAGUGUUUGUUGGUGUUGGUGCUUGACACUUGAUGUUCCAGUGAGUUGUAGUAAAUGCAGAUCGGGCGCAGCAGUUUUGUAAGCGUGCCCAUGCGCCGCCAUGCCUUCUAUUGAUGGUGAGGCUGCAGCAGGAUACAGUGGUGGCAGUAUGAGUGGUGGAAGCGUCGCACCGGUGGUGGAGGCAGGCGAGCUGUGCGAGGUGCUGCGGCGGGCACAUGGGGUCGAGGAGAUACUGAUGCUGGAUUGCCGUGGCGCCGACGACUACAGAGCAGGACACAUCCGCGGGGCCGUGAGCGUAGGCCUCCCCUCCCUGAUGCUCCGGCGCCUGGCCUCGGGCAAGCUGAGUUUGCCUCAGGUCGUGCGGCACUUGGCUGCUGACGGCGGAGAUCGGCUCGCCAGGCUCCACCAGUGUGUCCCUAUCGUUCUCUACGACCACGCCCACGCCAGCAACCCGCUCAUGCCCACACUCAUGACCAUCCUCUGCAGGAAGUUCAACCAGGAGGGCUGCAUCGCACACUGCCUAUCAGGAGGCUUCGAGGAGUUCCGGUCCCGGUUUCCCGAGUGGUGCGAGAGCGCGCUGCCCAACGAACCGCCGAUCGUGGGCUUCAAGAGUCUAAGGAUCACGUGCCUGGAGGCCGAGGAGGACGUGGAAGGAGCGUGUGACUCCAGCCUCGGGAGGGACACCCCCCUCGACGACCUGGGUUUCCCCGUGGAGAUCCUUCCCCACCUCUUCCUCGGCAACGCCAAGAACUCGGGAGAUCGAGAUGCGCUUAAUAGACACAAGAUUAGGUAUAUUAUCAACGUGACGCCAAACCUGCCUAAUGUGUUCGAGAACAGUGGGAAUUAUAAGUACAUGCAGAUUCCCAUCGCCGAUCACUGGAGCCAAAACCUCGCUUCCUUUUUCCCGCAAGCAAUUCAGUUUAUUGAUGAGGCGCGGGAGGCGGGCGUGGGCGUGCUGGUCCACUGUCUCGCGGGAAUCUCUCGCUCCGUCACCAUCACUGUCGCCUACCUCAUGUACAAGGAGAAGCUCAACCUCGAGGAAGCCUACGAGUACGUCCGCGUCAAGAAGGCCAACAUCGCCCCCAACUUCAACUUCAUGGGCCAGCUGCAGGACUUCCAGCAGCAGCUCAACCUGUCGCCUCACAAGUGCCAGUGUGUGGCCGAGUGCCGCUGCCGCCACCUCCACUUCCUCACGCCGGCCCGCACGUCCCCCGACUCGGGCAUCGAGUUCGACCGCUUCUCAUGAGGGCUGACCCCCGCUGCCUCCAUGCCCGCGGGCGGCACCCCUAGGCUCUGCCUGGAGUCCCCCGCGCCGCCCGCCCUUCCGCCCGCGGGUGUGGAGGCAGUGUCCGGCCCUGGCGGGGCCCGGGCCGACGACCACACUGAGGAGGACGAGGGGAAAGGAGGAGACGAAGGGGAAGAAGACGAGGGGGAGGGAGGAGCGGAAGGAGGGAACGACGAGGAGGAGGAGGGCUCCGACCUCCCCUCCUGAGCAGCCUCGGCGGCGACGGCCCCACCCAAGUGCCAAAGGUGACCCUCCCUCUCGCCUCCUACACGGCCCCCCUUGGGAGUGUCCUACCCCCCACCCGGGUGAGCCCCAGGGGAGGAGCCCCGGGUCACCACACACGGCAGGGGGGAGGGGCCAGGAGGAGCCUGCGGCCCCCCUUGCCAUAAUCCAAACUUCCAGGUACAAAUUUCUCGACGAGUGAUCUCGCUUCUUUCGGGGAACCGCGUCGGCCGGCGACGGGGCGCGGGGGCGGCGCCGCCACCUCCGCCCUCCGAGCCGGCGCUACGUUCAUUCAGAGGAAAUAUCUUUUAUUUUUAAGGAAGAUAUGUGAACAGUUAUGAAGUGUGGUGUUCAGGCUGCCACGAGCCUCUAACCAGUGUGUUCAUCAGUUGAACUUCAGCGAGUGCGAAAAUGUGUGUGAAGGUUUGAGACGUUGUUUCUUCUGUACAGUUGUCUGGAUGCAACACUAUGAGGUGAUAAACAAUCAUAAAUAUUUCAAAAAAUACAAAAAAGUCUUAAAAGAAACCCAAAAACGUGAUACAGAUUGUUUUUUCCCAGUAUUUUGGUACCACAACAUUGAGAAAGACGGUACGCUUACCUUUCCAAAAACAAAAACAAAACAAAAAAAACUUACGAGACGGCGACGGUGGGGUUUCGCACAGAGAGAAAAAAAACAAACCCAAAAUGAAAAACCAAACCAAUCCCUUACAAUAUAUAUAUAUAUAGAUGUAUUCCCUUUGAUGUGGAGCGAGAGAGAGAGAGAGAGAGAGAGAGAGAGAGAGAAACAAGAAAACCAAACCAACCAUAAAAGUAGAGGAGACAUUUCUCGGAAAUAAAUAUUCAUCCUGUUUUGGACUUCCAUAUUCAAUUUUCGAAAGAAGAAAAAAUGGCUAAAAAAAAAGUGUUUUAAAAAAGUCCGUUGUGCACCUGUGUUGUCCCGCCAUCAAAGGGUUAAUCGUGACCUCGCCGCGCCUCUCGGACAGCACCUCCUCAGGGAUCAGGUCAGGCUGGGUCACACGGAAGGAGGAACGGAAGGUCAUUCAUUCAGGGUCAUUUGGAGAGUAAAGAAAGAGGAAUAGGAAGGAAAAAAUCAUUCAGGCAGAAGGGGAGGAAGGAGAAGAGAGAGAUGGAAAAGUGAUUAGAGAUGGAGAAAAAAACAAGGAAAAUUCAGUGAAUGAAUUUCCCUUGGAUACAAGAGAGAGAUCCUAAGAUAUAUGUUAUUUUUUUUUUUUUUUUUUUUUUUUUUUUUUUUUUUUUUUUUUUGCCUGGUCAUGCUCGACAGGUAGUGAUGUGGUUUGACCAUGUGUGAGCAAGGGUAGAAAACUUUUGGAAUUUGUUGUGUGGGGUUCAAAACCCUUCAUGAUUAUUUGGCGUUUAGAAAAGUUGAUUUUUUUGGAUAUCCUCUCCCAUUACCCACCUGGCAAGACCCUGAGGUGAUGCAACCCCCUUGUAAAUUGCUUUAAAGCAGGAGAUAUCGGAAAAAAAACUAACACGAGUAUUUACACAUAUAUAUAUAUGUAUUUGUGAAACGGUCUACGUACAAAAUUAACAAAAAAAAAUCAUAUGUAUCACAUUGAUUUCCUUUUUUGAAGAUAAAAAAAAAUAAUAAUAAUAAUAAAUACAAUGAAAGUAAUAUAUUUUUAAUGUUAUAACUCGAACGGCCAAUGUGCUUUUUUAUUUCUUAUACGUGUACAGUUUGACUAGACUACCAUUAUUCAUAUCACCGCUCAAAUAUGUGGAUCACUUUGUACGGGCGGGCUCGGUGGAGGGGAGGGGGCAGCGCUCCCUCUGACUGCCAAAUCCACACUCUUGAGACCCCCUUCCUCCGCUGGGGCCCUCCCUUCCCCCCCUCUCCCCCUUCAUAUCCCCCCCACCCCCUUAAGAAUCCUCCGACAUCAACCCUAAGUAAUCUUCGCACAAUUCAAUGUCUGGACGUGUGUAUACGCAUUUGUGGAUGUACGUACAUUGCACCCUUAUGUGCGUACGUCCCACAUUUGCACGUACAUACAAGGAGUCGAUUUGGUGAUCUCUUUCAAAUAAGAAUGUGGCAACUGACGACCGCGAAGUGCCUUUUUGGAGUCGAAUUUUCUUAUACACUAUGGAAGCUGAAGUCUUUAUAUAUUGUCGUAGACUGUCAUUCGUGCUCAUCCCCAUAGAGAUAGGAUAUUGUAUUUUUUCACUCGAAUCACCUAAACUUUAAAAAAAAUACAUUUAAAGGAGUCUGCCGCGAGCUGUACUACUAACUUCCCUCUGACUUUUCUUUGUUCUCUUUGUAAAAGCCCAGAGUACUUAAUUGUUUUACUUGUGUAUAAAUAAAGAGAUGAUAUUAGAUGUAGCUUUUGUGAAGAAAAUAACUUUUUUGAUGAGAUAUGUAUGUUCCCCCCAUACCCCCCCAGAUAACAUGUACUGCAUGCCGAGAUGAUUCUCCCCCCCCCCCUUUUUCCUUAAAACAUGAGCUCGCGGUAAACAUGUCUCCCUCCUCCCGAAACCAGACAUUAUAAGCAUAACACGUACACACCAUGACAUUAACACACACACGCGCGCACACGAGAGAAAUUUUUGUGUACACGGUCCAUGCGACAUACUGAUCACUCACGCUUAUCCAUUGCCUGCCGAUGUGUACCCAUUUUUGAUCACACACUCGUCGCCUACCAGUCAGUAUUGCCGAGUAGCGGUGCGUCGAAGGCAGUGUUACGCUUCUAGGAACUCCGCUGGCCUAAAAAAAAAAGUUUGAUCCUCAUUUUGGUCUCCACAAUGUAAAGUUCACGUAGGCCCAAACCAGGCGGAGGUAUAAAACGUCUUUUGUUCUUGCGUUGUCCAGCAGCGAUCUCAGACACGGUGUUCUCAGCUCUACUACACAACAUAUACAAGAUACGAGGCCUAUAUAAACUAUGUACUGUUAGGGGCUUUGUCGGUAUUUUUUUCAAACAGUGUUGGAUCCGAAUGUAAGGCUAGUUAAGACUGCGGUCGUCUUUGUGAUCGCGAAAACUUUAUUCGCUACCUUUUUUGUUUCAAAUUUGAUUACUGUUUGGUGUCUUGUAAUUGCCAUAUGCGCUUUGCGUUCUCGAGUUGUAGUAGACAAUAACAACAACCCGAAUUUUUGAAUGACGCUCCCCACGCCCUCCACACUCAUUCAUACUCCCAUCACGACGUACAUGCGUAUUUUUGUUACACACACACACACACACACACACACACACACACACACACACACACACACACACACACACACACACACACACACACACACACACACACACGAGUUAAAAAAAAAAGACUUUUUGACCUGCUGGACCCCAGGAUCGUACUCUCCAUCCAUUUUCUGUACUCAUCCAUCCAUGUGUAUUCCUCAACAUUGGACACCACCAGCUUCCAUGCUCUACCCACAUGUAGCAAUACACUGACCCAUGUGAAAGUUGAUGCGCUUGAUGGAAAGGCAGGAUAGAACACGAGGUCUCCACUUUAAAAAAGAAAGAAGAAAAGACGCUGUAGGUUGUCUUCUGUUUGUAUUUAUUAUGUUUUUUUUUUAUA